CUGGGGUGAUCUGGGAUGGACUGGGAUAAACUGGGGUGAUCUGGGAUGGACUGAGAUGUACUGGGAUAAACUGGGAUGGACUGGAAUGGACUGGGGUGAGAUGGGAUGGACUGGGGUGGACUGGGAUGGACUGGGAUGGACUGGGGUGAGAUGGGAUAAACUAGGAUGCACUGGGAUGGACUAGAACAAACUGGGAUGGUCUGGAGCAAACUGGGAUGGACUGGCAUGAACUGGGAUGGACUGGAACAAACUGGGAUGGACUGGGAUGAACUGGGAAGGCUCCCUUCCACUUCUCCAGGCGCUGCCUCCGACUGUGACUCGGGAUCCCAUCUGAGCCCGCUGAUGGCCGGGGUGGAUCCCUGCAAGGAACCCACUGGAUUCCUCAGCCCCCAAACUGGGAGGGACACAGCGGGGUCCUCCGGAGGGGGAGUGGGAUCCUACAGUGGACCAGGAUCCUAUGGGAGCAGCUCGGGAUCCUACAGCGGACCAGGAUCCUAUGGCGGAUUGGGAUCCCAUGGCGGUGGAUCGGGAUCCUAUGGGAGCAGUUCGGGAUCCUAUGGGGGCAGACCGGGAUCCCAAGGUGGAUCGGGAUCCCAUGGCGGUGGAUUGGGAUCCUAUGGGAGCAGUUCGGGAUCCUAUGGGGGCAGACCGGGAUCCCAAGGUGGAUCGGGAUCCUACGGUGACUCCGGAUCCUAUGGGAGCAGCUCAGGAUCCUAUGGGGGCAGACCAGGAUCCCAAGGUGGAUUGGGAUCCUAUGGAGGCAGACCGGGAUCCCAAGGUGGAUCAGGAUCCCAUGGCGGUGGAUCGGGAUCCUACGGUGACUCCGGAUCCUAUGGGAGCAGCUCAGGAUCCUAUGGGGGCAGACCGGGAUCCCAAGGUGGAUCAGGAUCCUAUGGGGGCAGACCGGGAUCCCAAGGUGGAUCGGGAUCCCAUGGCGGUGGAUCGGGAUCCUACGGUGACUCCGGAUCCUAUGGGAGCAGUUCAGGAUCCUAUGGGGGCGGAUCAGGAUCCUAUGGGGGUGUAUCGGGGCCAUCCCCGGGACGAGGAAGUGGAUCUGGGUCCUACGUGUCACCGGAAUCCAGUGGAGGUAAACCAGGAUCCUAUGGAAGCCGACCGGGAUCCCAAGGGGACGGAUCAGGAUCUUUUGUCUCACCGGAAUCUGGUGGGCCACCAGGAUCCUAUGGACUUCUGCCCUAUGGAUUGGGAAGACCUGGAUCCCAAGGGGGAUCGGGAUCGGGGAGACCUGGAUCCCAAGGGGGAAGUGGAUCGGGAUCGGGAUCAGGCAGACCUGGAUCCCAAGGGGGAAUAGGAUCAGGAUCAGGAAGACCUGGAUCCCAAGGAGGAUCGGGAUCAGGCAGACCUGGAUCCCAAGGAGGAUCAGGAUCAGGAAGACCUGGAUCCCAAGGAGGAUCAGGAUCAGGAAGACCUGGAUCCCAAGGGGGAAUAGGAUCGGGAUCAGGCAGACCUGGAUCCCAAGGAGGAUCAGGAUCAGGAUCAGGCAGACCUGGAUCCCAAGGAGGAUUGGGAUCGGGCAGACCUGGAUCCCAAGGAGGAUCAGGAUCAGGAAGACCUGGAUCCCAAGGAGGAUCGGGAUCGGGGAGACCUGGAUCCCAAGGAGGAUUGGGAUCGGGGAGACCUGGAUCCCAAGGGGGAAUAGGAUCAGGAUCAGGAAGACCUGGAUCCCAAGGAGGAUCGGGAUCAGGCAGACCUGGAUCCCAAGGAGGCAGCGGAUCGGGGUCCUAUGGGGGAUCAAGCUCCUAUGGAGGCAGCUCAGGAUCCUACGGGCUCCCCUCAUCCUAUGGGGAUGAUUCAGGAUCCUAUGGGGGUUACUCGGGAUCCUAUGGAGAAGACUCAGGAUCCUAUGGGGGAUCGGGAUCUUCCGGAGGCGGAUCGGGAUCCUAUGGGGGAUUGGGAUCCUACGGAGGCGGAUCAGGAUCCUAUGGGGGAUCAGGAUCUUCCGGAGGCGGAUCAGGAUCCUAUGGGGGAUCGGGAUCCUAUGGAAGCGGAUCCCUGCGCCCCGUAUACAAGAACCCUGGGAUCCCCUUCGUGCCAGGGCUUCGGGAUCCAGCCAGGACUGGGGGUCACAUCCCCAUCCGCCGCGGUCCUAAUGCAGGAUACGCUUACAGCUCCGGGACCGGGACCUACGAAUCGGGAUCCAGCAGUGGAUCGGGGCAGGAAUCGGGCUGUGGGGGAUGUGACAAAUAGGGGAUGGUGCUGUCACCCUCCCCACGAUCCCAAUAAAGCCCUUGCAGCGUGGCACCAUCCUUGUUCCCUGUCCCCGUGGACACACGUGUCCCGAUAUGGGGACACACGUGUCACCGUC